AGAUUUAAAAAAAAAAUGGAUUCAAAAUUUUAUCGAAAUGAUGGUCGUCAUUUUGAAAAUCAUUUUGAAGAUUAUUCACCAGGAAGUUCACAAGAUAUAAUUGAUGCUACAAAGAAUGACAUUCACGACAUUUUUAAAGAGUUGCUAAAAGAAAAGAUAACAAUAAUGUUGAAUCGAUUAAAUAAUUACAAAAAGGAAUGGAUUAAUCGCGAAGACUCUUCAAUUUAUACUGGAAAUACUGGAAUCGCAUAUUUGUAUUAUUUAUACGGUACAAGGUUUAACGACGAGAGUAACAUAACAAGAGCUGUAGAAUUGAUCGAAAGACAAAGUGACUCUAGAAGCAAACGAGACAUAACAUUUUUAAUUGGUGAAGCUGGAAGAUUAGCCCUUGGAGCCGUUAUUUUCAAGUCAUUAAACAAUGAAGCACAAUCUCAUUCUAUGGUAGCGAAGUUGAAAGCCUUGUUUAAUAAUGCGACUAAAAGUUCAUACGACGAAUUAUUGUAUGGACGCGCUGGUUAUCUCUAUGCUCUACUGUUUGUUAACAAGCACAUUCCUAAUGCGAUUGAGGAUGACAUAAUAAAACAAGUUAUUAAUUGCAUACUGAUGACUGGUAAAGCUUACGCUAAAUCGCGUAAAUACAACACGCCUUUGAUGUACAUUUGGCAUGACUCUGAGUAUCUUGGUGGUGCUCAUGUUUCCCUGAAAUAUCCCACUGGGAAUUUUCCUUCAUCUGUCGGAAGUAAUUCUGAUAAAUUGGUUCAUUGGUGUCAUGGAGCGCCGUCAAUGACCAUGCUUUUUACUUUAGCUCAUGAGAUUUUCGGGCGAGAAGAUUAUUUAGAAAUAGCGAAAGAUUGCGGUGAGGUAAUUUGGUGUCGAGGAUUGUUGAAAAAAGGCAGCGGAAUUUGUCAUGGAGUAUCAGGAAACGCUUACACAUUUUUAUGUCUUUAUCAAAAGACAAAGGAAUUAAAACAUCUGUAUCGUGCUUGUAAGUUUGCCGAGUGGUGUUUUGAUUAUGAAAAACACCAAUCUCGAAUUCCUGAUCGCCCGUACUCGCUUUUUGAAGUAUUAAUUAUGUCUCCAAGGAUUAAAGCUUUUGUAUCUCAGCGUACUGUUCUUGACGAUGAAAUUACUCCAGCUGUCGUCGUAGUUUCGGAUGAGAAAAUUUAUGAAAUAUUACGUGGGGAUGUUCAUCAACAGAUUAAACGCGUAGAAAAUAAAUAUCCAGGGAUUAUUAUCAAAGAUUUUGGAUUUUACGUUCUGAUGCCUGGGCUCGUAGAUUCGCAUGUUCAUAUCGAUGAUCCUGGACGCACGCAAUGGGAAGAAUUUAAAACCGCAACAAAAGCUGCCGCUGCUGGUGGAGUUACUACUGUCGUUGAUAUGCCGCUUAAUUCUAUACCACCAACCACGACAGUUGAUAAUUUGAAGGUAAAAAUGAAAGCUGCUCAAGGAAAUUUAUUUGUCGACGUCGGUUUUUGGGGUGGAGUUGUACCAGGAAACACUAAAGAAUUGAAAAAAAUGGUUGAAGCCGGCGUAGUUGGUUUCAAAUGUUUUUUACUACCAAGUGGAGUACCAGAGUUUAAUUACGUAACUUUAUCAGAAGUUGAAGAAGCUCUCAAAGAGUUGCAGUUUACUAAAACUGUACUAGCGUUUCAUGCUGAAUUUGAAGAUACCAUAUCUACAGAAGGAAUGGAUCCUAAUUUAUAUGAAACUUUUCUUCAUUCCCGUCCAUCUAGUAUGGAAGUGCGUGCAAUUUCAGAUGUUGCUUCUCUUUGUAAAAAAUACAACGUACAUUGUCAUAUUGUCCAUCUAUCUGCAAGUGAAGCUCUUGAUAUAAUUGCAGAGGCUAAAAAAAAUAAUAUUCCAAUAACUGCAGAGACCUGCUAUCAUUACUUAACAUUUGCCGCUGAAGAAAUUCCUAAUUCUGCUACUAGAUUUAAAUGUUGCCCGCCGAUUCGCUCUAGUGAAAAUCGGGAAAAAUUAUGGAAAGCUUUAAAAAAUGGAAUAUUAGAUAUGGUUGUCUCAGAUCAUUCGCCGUGUACUCAAGACCUUAAAAUCAAUAGUUUUAUUGAUGCAUGGGGAGGAAUUUCUUCUUUACAAUUCGGACUGUCUGUAAUUUGGACGGAAGCUCAAUUAAAAAAAAUAACUAUCUGCGAGAUAUCGCGUUACAUAUCAGCAAACCCUGCAAAAUUGUGCGGCUUGGAUAAAAUCAAAGGCCGAAUUUACCCAGGCAUGGAUGCUGAUUUUGUCGUGUGGAAUCCUGAGUCCCAGUUUACGGUACAAAGAGCGGAUAUCUUAUACAAGAACAAGAUAUCUCCAUAUGAAGGAAAAGUAUUAAACGGCCGUGUAAUAUCAACUAUUUUGCGUGGAAAUUCAAUCUACGAAAACGGUGAAAUCACCGAGAGUUUAAAAGGAAAAAUUCUUCUAAAUUAA